CUAUCGAUGUUCUCAUAAACCCUGAUCAGAAAGAAUCAGUAAUGUCAUCUGAACACACGAAGCUGUUGAGAAGACCCCUGCCCCCUAUAAAGACAGCACACUACAGCUCAGCGCCUGCGCACAGGACUGCAGACCAUGAACGGCGCGAGUGUGUUUGCAGUCCGCAGACGAAACUUGAGGAUUCUGCUCGUGUUGGCCGGAUCACAUUACCCAGAAUCCUCAGCGGUUUCCCCCAUCAGCCUCAGCGCACGCCCGCGGAUCGCCGACCUCUUGACCUCUUCUGCCUCAAUGACUUCCUGCAGGUGUGCCGGUCGGGUCGCGGGUCUCGGGACGAUCUGAGGAAGACGGUUCUGUCCAGCUGUAACUAUGAGAAGCUUCUGCGUUUGUUCCUGUCGGAGCUGCACAGAGGCUGGCAGCGGGAAACAGCCAAUCAGACGCUGAGCUGCGAGAGUUUGACCCCGCCCACACGCAGGAUCCCUCAGAGACAGAUCAUAUGCGAGUUAGCAGCAAUGGUUCAGUUCGAAGCACGAGCUCGAAACUCUUUCAGGAGUAAAUCUGGAGUGUGUGGAGCGUCUGAAGAUCAAUCAGUGGAUCAGCUGCGGACUGAACACACACUUCAUGAGCCGUACACAGGCAAGAACACACACUUCAGAGUCACAUGAUCCUGCAGAACUCAUUCUGAUAUGCUGAGUUUCUCCUCUGUCCUCAGCGCAUGUGUUUGUCCUGAACGCGGCGACCAGCAAACACUUCCAGGGCUGCCGUCGCUCUCGCUCCCCGUUCCGGUGCGCGGGGGACUGUGAUGUCAUCAGUGUGUCUGAGCUCAGCGUCCUGGACUGCCUCACGCGCGGAGGAACCAGCCUCAGCUUCAAGGCUCACUUCAUCUGUGAUCUUCCUGACGUGACGUCACUGUCUGAGCGUCUCCAGUAUCUGAACGUGUCCUUCAAUGACCUCACACACGUCCCUCAGGAGGUGUGUGAUCUUCAUCAGCUGCAGGUGUUGAAGAUGAGGAAUAACCCCAUCGAGGAGCUUCCCGCUCAAAUCAACAAACUCCACAAACUCCAGACGCUGGUCGUCUCCUUCUGCAAGAUCACACAACUGCCCAACCAGCUGUUCUCUCUGGCCGGUCUGCGGCAUCUGGACGUGUCCUAUAACCUCCUCAGAUCCCUCAGCGGUGACAUCAGACACCUCAGGUCUCUGAGGUCUCUGAACGUUGAAGGGAAUCAGUUAGCGGCUCUUCCCGCCGGUCUGCUGUGUGUGUGUGUGUCGGAGCUCAGGCUGUCUGGGAAUUACACACACACGUUACUGUGGAGCGAGAACAGCUGCAACUCUCCACAGAUGCUGCUGCACACGGCCGCACACACACUCACACACACACACACACUCACACACCUGCCGCCCGCCGCACAGCUCGUCCUGCGCAGAGCUGGUGUGUGUGAAGCUUGUUCAGGACCCAUGUUCGGCCCGGGUCUGAAGCUCAUCCGUCCCGUUCACGGUGUGUUUGGGCUUCAGUGUGUGCCGGUCAUGUUCCUCUGCUGUUCUCCGGCGUGUCUCCACAGAUUCAGGAAUCACAACAUCAGUGUUUGAUCAGACAACACGUUUAUUCUUCUGAUGGAACUGCAGCUUUACACUUCUCUAAAACACUUUCACACAAAAAUCAAAUCCAUGGG